AUGCGGUCGGCGCUGGUGCUUGCGUUGGUGCUGGCGUUGGGGCAGAUGGCGAUGGCCAGCUCAGACGAGACGUUACCUCUCUCUUCCUCUCGUUCACUUUCUGCUGGUGUGUUCAGUGGGCGGGGCCUUCAAAGUGUGCAGCCGCAGCGAUCCGCAGCUGGAGCAGUGCGUCUUAGACUCGCUCAACGGCGCCAGAGACAAGCUCGCCACCGGAUCCAGUUUUCUCCCCCAUACAUAGAAUUUGUCACUACAUUUAAAAACAUUACCCUUGCUGGGCCUUAUGAAUUUGGAGGAUCAAUUCUUACCUUCCGAAUAAACGGCAAUGGAGAUUCCUAUUUUAAUUGGGGUUCCAACGUGACCCACCGCCUGCGCCUGGAGGAGGAGGAGAGGAAUGGUGAGGUCUACUGGCGACUCACUGAGUUCUCAUGGCAACAGGACAUCUUUCACCUUCACAGCCACUUCAAGAACCUCUUCCGAGGGAACAAGCGACUGGGGAUAUACGCCAACCAGUUCCUGAACCGCAACUGGAGGGCCUCGUACGCCUUGUAUGGACCCAUAGCGAACCGCGUGUGGUCCGGCGUCAUCAAGAGCCUGGUGGUGGAUCCGUUCUUCGCACGGGUGCCCGUCAGCAAGAUGUUCGCGCCCUGACUGC